ACCCCUUACUGGGAGAAAUACAGGAGUACAGGAACCAGUCUUUCAGAUCCAGCAGCAAUGAUCUGACUGUGUUAUUCUACAGUGAUCACAGUGUCACACGUAGAGGAUUUCACGCAAACUGGGUCUUUGUAGAGUCUCCCUCAGAUGACCCCUGCUACAGCUACACUGUACUGGACGAACCUUGGAGAGCCACUGACUAUCAGAAUGACUCUGUCUUAAUGUGUGACCGGAAUGUGAAUUGGUUUGGCUGGUAUCGUCUCUUCAUUCAUGGCCAGAGUGCCCAGAUGCCAAACACAUGUAUUGACGAGUACAAAUGUGGCACUCAUGCCCCACUGUGGUUAAAUGGUGAACACCCAAAAGUCGAGGAUGGAGUGGUCACCCGAGGUGUCUGUGGUCACUGGAACAAUAACUGCUGCUAUUACAAUUCUACUCCCAUUAGAGUGAAAGCCUGUCCAGGCGAUUAUUAUGUCUAUGAAUUUGUCAGGCCAUUUAUGUGUGCUGUGGCUUACUGUGCAGAUGUUGGGAACAUCAACACUAUCUAUACAACUAUCACACCAGAGACCAAUUCAUCUGAACCAUGUGGUGGCAAUAUGACAGAUUGGAGGGGUGUAUUACUCAGUCCCCGGUACCCUAAUAACUACCCUAAUAACGCACAAUGCACCUGGACCAUUCACAGCACAGGGAACACAACUGUGUCACUGAUCUUCACUGACGUUGAUUUGGAAACAUGCUGUGAUUACAUCAAAGUAUAUGAUGGUCCUUCUACCCUCCAUCCAUUUCUGGGAGAAAUACAGGAGUACAGGAACCAGUCUUUCAGAUCCAGCAGCAAUGAUCUGACUGUGUUAUUCUACAGUGAUCACAGUGUCACACACAGAGGAUUUCACGCAAACUGGGUCUUUAUAGAAUCAUGUGGUGGCUAUAUGACAGACUGGAUGGGUGAUUUGUCCAGUCCCUGGUACCCUAAUAACUACCCUGAUAACUCAUAUUGCACAUGGACCAUUCAUAGCACAGGGAACAUGACAGUGUCACUGACCUUCCCCGAUGUUGUGUAGGGCACUAUUUGAUAUUUCUAAUUUUGUAACUGAGACUCUAAUGAAACCUAUUACAUUUAUUUUAUUUUUUUUGUAAGAA